AUGAACGCCGAUCAGCUCUCCGAUUUCUUUUACGAGGUGGCAUUAGCAGGAGCUGCUAUCCCGAAAAAGGUAGCUGAUCAACGAGAAGAAAAUCAUCUGAAAAAGAAAUUCCUGAACAAAUUCGCUCCAAGUUCAUUGUGGGCUGCAAGCUAUAUCGCAUCGAACUACACAGAUGUCGAUUUGAUUCAGACUACGAUUGCUCAGAUUCUUUCUUUAUAUUAUAAAUCAGGAGUUCUUCGACUUUAUGCCUUGCAAUUCGUGCCCGGAUUUGUUUCGUUGUAUCUCCUCGCAUUGUCUAAAAAACAACAUAAGAGUGUUUCGCUGUUCGAAACGUUCUUAGUGGCUAUCUACAAUGAGGAAAUCAUCGAGAACGCUGAAACGAAUGAGAAGAAGGUGGAGGACAUUCGAAUUCCUUCGAUACGCCAUCACAGCGUCUAUCACGACCCCGUGAAAAUCCAAGUGCAAGCAGAUGUUCCAAUUAUCAGAAAUGUCGGUAUUACUCCUGUUUUGACCACAUUACGGUUCGGACCUUUUCCAUCGGUCUCGAAAAUGAACGGAGAGAACAAGUUUAUGGUUAUGAACCGUAUCCUUUUUUCUGUAAAUGAAUCGCUGUUCGAGGUUGCAUCAGAAGUGGCAGCAAGAUAUGUUUGUCUAGGAACUCUUUCAGUGUGUUGCUCCGGAUUCAACUUUCCUGAGACGGCCUUCCAAAGCCGAGUCCUCGAGACUGAAUCGCACGAAGUCAUUGAAGAUUUUUCUCGGAAGCCACGUCAGCAAGUAACUGGUGAAUUUCUGGAUCAUCUGUUACGCGGUUGUUACUUGGCACUUUUCAACGGAGCUGCUGAUUUGGCCUUACGAGCAAUUGAUUCGAUUCAUUUGAGAGCACAGUAUGAGAUGUUCCCCGAUACUCUUUUGGUUAUCAACUCUCUUCGGAACUCAUUGCUUGACAACAUGUGGAGUAAAAAGAAACGAGGAGAAUUGAUGUGGACGAGACCACAGCAUAAAGAGCUUCAGAAGCAUCGAGGAAUGGUGACGAAUGCAUCGCUGAAAAUGAAGAGAAUGCCGGAGGAUAUUCCGGUUCAGGAGAAUCAAAAAGAAACCUCCUCGUCGCGUAUUAACAAUAUGAUCGAUGAGGGAAUGGAUCAUCUUCACGAUUUGAAGAAGAAAGUUGUAAAUAUCAAAGGUGGACUUCAACAUAAAAUGCAUCGUAGGAAGAAAAGUGUUGAACCCGAAGAGAAUGAGUUACAAACCAUUAAGGAAGAGAAACCAGCGGAAUCGUCGUUCUCAGCCGAUAGUGAAAACUCGUCACCAUCAACCGUUGUUCAUAAACUAUUAGUUCUGAAUGGGGAUGAUGUUGAAAGAAGAUUAAGAGAUGUAGCUGUCAUUGAGCACGAUUACGAGAAAAAAGUCGAGACGAAGGCAGUCGAGGAUCCCACGUCUCCGGCAACACCUUCAAAAGAGAAAGGAGCAUUCACGAUGGCGGGUCUUCGACAUAUGGAUAGUGGUGGGAGCACUUAUCGUUCAAUUGAUAAUUAG